AUGCACUCUCUGGCUCAACAUAAUAAUCCUCAAUUACAACAUUAUUUUCAAUUGCAACAAGCUGCAACUUCUGCCUUGGCUACUCCGAACCAACUAAACGUUGGCGGUGCAACAAAUUUAAGUUCUCACCUUCAAGCCCCAAAUCUACUCGGAUUACCCCUUGGGGGUGAUCCCUGGGGCACUGGUACAGGUGGUCCAAUACCUUUACCGACGCACCAUCAAAAGAUAGAAGAAGAAAAGAUUUAUUCCUUAGUUACAGAAUUAACAAAUCCGGCAAAUCGUGAGCAAGCUUUGGUAGAAUUGAGCAAAAAACGAGAGCAAUAUGAGGAUUUGGCUUUGAUAUUAUGGCAUUCUUUUGGUGUAAUGGCGGCAUUGUUGCAGGAGAUCGUUUCCGUAUAUCCUCUUCUUUCACCCCCUGCGCUUUCAGGUCAAAUAUCUAAUCGUGUUUGCAAUGCAUUGGCAUUAUUUCAAUGUGUUGCAAGUCACAGCGAAACUCGAGGACUAUUCCUAAAUGCCCACAUUCCUUUGUUUUUAUACCCAUUUCUUAAUACAACGAGUAAGACAAGACCAUUCGAAUAUCUCAGACUAACAAGUCUGGGUGUUAUUGGUGCUCUUGUUAAGAACGAUAAUCCUGAAGUUAUUUCAUUUUUACUGUCCACUGAGAUUAUACCACUUUGCCUGCGUAUAAUGGAAACUGGUAGUGAAUUAUCAAAAACGGUGGCCAUAUUUAUUGUUCAGAAAAUUCUGUUGGAUGAAAUGGGCUUAGCAUAUAUUUGUGCUACUUAUGAGCGGUUUUAUGCUGUUGGAACUGUUUUGAGUAAUAUGGUUAAUCAACUCGUUGAAACACAAGCUGUACGUUUGUUGAAACAUGUUGUCCGCUGUUAUCUUCGCCUUUCGGACAAUCCAAGGGCUCGAGAAGCCCUCCGCCAGUGCUUACCGGAGCCUCUCCGCGAUGCCACUUUUUCACAAGUUCUGAAAGAUGACAUAGUCACCAAGCGAUGCUUGGCUGCACUUCUUGUCAAUCUGUCAGAUAAUGUCGUCACUACAAAUUAA